UGACAAAACGUGCAAGCUCUUUGGUUUGCGCGCUUGUCAGUCAAACCUAACUUCGCAGAUGGGAAAACAGUAGGAGACAGCUGGGCCACGUUGACGGUGUAAUAAUUUCAGGUAGAAUGAGUGUGGGUUUCAUAGGAGCAGGCCAGUUGGCCCACGCUCUGGUGAGAGGUUUCACAGCAGCAGGCGUGAUUGCCACCCACAGAAUCACAGCCAGUUCUCCAGACACAGAUCUCCCCACAGUACAGGGACUACGGAAACUGGGUGUGAAUUUCACCACAAGCAACAAAGAGACAGUGAGCAAAAGUGAUGUACUCUUCCUGGCAGUGAAGCCCCACAUCAUCCCGUUUGUACUGGAUGAGAUUGGACCUGACAUUGAAGAUCGUCACCUUAUUGUAUCUUGUGCAGCAGGUGUCACCAUUAGCUCAAUAGAGAAGAAGCUGAUGCAGUAUCGUGACACUCCAAAGGUAAUGCGCUGCAUGACCAACACUCCAGUGGUGGUGCGUGAGGGUGCCACUGUGUAUGCCACGGGCACCUAUGCAGAGGUGGAGGAUGGAAAGCUUCUGGAGCAGCUGAUGGCCAGUGUAGGUUACUGCACUGAGGUGGAAGAGGACCUGAUUGAUGCUGUUACUGGCCUGAGUGGCAGUGGCCCUGCUUAUGCGUUCACAGCUGUAGAUGCUCUUGCUGAUGGUGGAGUGAAAAUGGGCCUGCCCAGGAGACUGGCUGUACGUCUUGGAGCCCAAGCCCUGCUGGGUGCUUCUCGAAUGCUGUUGGACUCAGAGCAGCACCCUGGUCAGCUCAAGGAUAAUGUGUGUUCACCAGGGGGCGCCACCAUCCACGCCCUACAUGUCAUGGAGAGCGGUGGUUUCCGCAGCCUCCUGAUUAAUGCUGUAGAGGCCUCCUGUGUUCGCACUAGGGAACUUCAGUUUUUGGCCGACCAAGAGCAAAUCUCCCCAGCUGCCAUUAAGAAAACAACUCUGGACCAAGUGCUGCAGCAGCAAGGAGUGAAUGCAGGAACUGUGGGAGUCAGAUCUCGUGGGAUCAGCAUGUUCAAAAACAAUAAUCCCAGGACCAAGAAGAACUGAUCAAGGUAGAUCUACCUUGAAAUUGUGCAGUUUCUCGAGAAACUGCACAAUUUCAUGUGACAAGUGACUUCACUGAUGAUGCAGUAGUGUAAACCAUUAUGUGUUGGAAAAACUGUAUGAACAAUACUUUAAUUUUGUAAUAAAAUAUAUUUCCUUCGUAAUGUUUAAUUUGUAAUUGUUGGCUCCCUGUCUGAGGUUUGAUUCUUGUGCUAUCACAUGACUUCUCUUGGUCAGUUGAGGGAUUGAAUAGUGUGGUUGAAAUGGUCUUGGUGAAUGGUAACUCUUUGAACUGCACUCAACUCAUGUGGCCCUGAUAGUGGUUUUUCUGAAGGUUUAUUAGUUAAUAAUGGAACCGGUGGUAUGCAGUGAGGUACUAAGCCCUGGACCAUGUUGUAAUGUCUGGUCAUCAUGGUACAUGGUAUGUGGGACAUUGUUUUCAUGCUCUGGGACUCUUUUGACACAUUCUUGUGAACACGGCAACUCAAGAACAAUACACAGUAGAAACUUCAUUUAGACCAGAGAUACCCUCUCUGGUUUAGAUGAACCAGUUAGUUUUGGAUGUAUCUUGCCGAUAAAAUUGCUUAUUAAUGGAGUAUAAAUCAUAAACUGAAAAAGCAACAGAAAACUAAUAAAGCAAUUCAAGUGGUUCU